ACAUGAUUCAGUUUCCCUUCUUUUACUAUACAACGAAACAUACUCCCUUCUCUCCAUUUCUUUAAACCUUGCUCAAAUCCUUUCAAAAUUAGUAGUUGCAUUUGACAUAAUCAUGUAAAAUAAGUAUUCUUUCACUUAUAGAAGAUUCCUUUAUAGAGAUUAGAAGAUAAAAACUCAAGAUGGGGAAAUUAGGGAAAGAAAAAGGGCUUUGACAUCCUCUUCAUUGAGCUUUUCUACAAGAAAUUGUCUUCUCAUAACUAAGCUAAGUGUUGUAGAUAUGGCUUCAAAGCGGAUCAACAAGGAAUUGAAGGACUUGCAGAAGGAUCCUCCUGCUUCUUGCAGUGCUGGCCCCGUCGCUGAUGAUAUGUUCCAUUGGCAAGCCACAAUUAUGGGCCCAUCUGAUAGCCCAUUUGCUGGAGGUGUGUUUCUUGUGCAAAUUCACUUCCCUCCGGAUUAUCCUUUCAAACCACCCAAGGUUGCAUUCCGAACAAAGGUUUUCCACCCUAAUGUCAACAGCAACGGUAGCAUUUGCCUUGACAUCCUCAAAGAGCAGUGGAGCCCUGCCCUCACAAUAUCCAAGGUGCUACUGUCCAUUUGUUCUCUGCUGACAGAUCCCAACCCAGAUGAUCCUCUCGUCCCCGAAAUUGCUCAUAUGUACAAGAGUGACAAAGCCAAAUAUGAGGCUACUGCUCGGUCAUGGACCCAGAAAUAUGCCAUGGGUUAAAGGGAUGCCGAGAUAUUUUACAUUUUCUCUGUAGUAGUGGUACUGUGGUAGUAAAUAAAUACUCUUGAAUUGAUGAUAUAAACAAAUGUGAAAGCUCUACCCUCCUUUCUGCCAACUUGAAAUGUGCAUUUUUGGAAUGGCAGUUUCUCAUCAUAUUAAGUUUAUGAACACAACUUGGUUAUUUUAGUUUACAUUAAAUUAUUUCUUGAUGAAUAUCCAAGUGAUUCCUAUAUAGAGCA